AGGUAGCCUAGUUCGAUCUCUUUUUUUUUUCUUUCUUUCUCUCCUGUUUUUUUUUCUUUUCUUUUUUAUCCCAAUGUCUUCAAGAGAAACUGAUAUUUCAGAAGUUACUACAACUACAGCUGAAAGAGAAACCGAACGUACUACAACGGAUGCUCCCGAAAGAACUACUACAGAAGAACGUACAACUCGAGCCGAAGCAACAACAACAGAAAGAGAAGCCAUUACUACCACAGAAAGAGAGGCUAUGACUACUACUGAACAAGCUACUAGAACAACAGAAGAAGUAACAACGACAAUUGAACGUACUAGGACAGUAGAACCAGCAACAACCGAACGGACCACCACUGAGGUGUCUAGGACAACUACCGAAGCCGAAGCCACAACGACCGAGGCCAUCACAACAACAACUGAAAUCACAACAACCGAAGCCACAAGCACUACAACUCAACAAGAGACAACUACUGCUGCUGUCAGUACAUCAGGUGAAGGUUCUACAGCCAUCGAUGGUACCACAACCACCAUUGGUGCAACCUCAACCACGGAGCAGCCAACAACUACAUCGGGAGAACCAACAACCACAUCGAUAUUGGGCGAGACAACAACGAGUUCCUUAUCUACUGCUUCGGAAAUAGAAACUACCUCCCUGAAUUCAGAAACCACAGGCACACCAAUCCCAACCACGGUGGCCGAAACAUCUUCCACAACUGAGCCAGUAAUUACAACUGAGUCAGUCACUACAGAUCAAGCUAUUGUUACUACAGCUACAGCAGUCCAGCCCACUUCAACCGAGAACAUGUCCACUACGGCAGCGACUGCUACAAACAUUGCCGAAACGACAACUACUGUUGGUAGAACGACAGAAGAACCAGUUACUACUACUGCUGCUGCUGAAGCUACCACUACAACUGCUGCUGAAGCCACCACUACAACCGCUGCUGCUGAAACCACAACCACGGCUGCUCAAGACACAGCGACAGUACAGCCUACUACAACAGAAGCGCCAACAACUACCGCAGAAGCUACAACGACUGUCGCACCUACAACGACUGUCGCACCUACCACAACAGAAGCACCUACCACUACAGCAGAAGCCACUAGCACCACAACUGCUCAAGUGCCUACUACCUCUGCUGAAGCUACAUCGAGUGUAGCUCCAACAACAGCAACAGCAACAGCAACAACAACAAAGGCUGUUACUACUACUGAAGCACCUAUAACAAGUGACACUCUUGCUCCUACUACUACUACUGCUGCUGUUGCUGUGACAACAACAGAAAAUGUAAGUACUUCUUCCAUUGUACCUAUCACAACAACGACAAGUUCUGUUGAACCAGAAACGAGUCUUGUACCCACUACCACUACUACCAAUGAUAUCACUACUACAUCCGAUAUUACUUCUGAUCCUGUUACUACCACUUCCCUUACUACAUCCUCUGAUUCCAUUAUUAUUACUACUACUACUACUACUACUCCUUUUGAAACCAUUGUCUCAUCUUCUACUACUACUCCCGAACAGACUACAACACCAACUCAGCCCACUACCACUGCAGAACAAGCCAGCAUUACACAAACUCUUACACAAGACCCUACUUCAUUUUCCUCUUUAAGGUAUCAUUCUACUAGCAUCACUAUUUCAACAGACAUCACUACAACCACCGCUAUUGUUUCAAAUGGUGUAACCAUCACUGUCACAACUGUCAUUCCUACGACUACGGUCAUUCCUACAUUGGCUCUUGAUAAAGAUGGUGGAGUGAAUCAGACUUCUUCUUCUGGUUCGAAUACAGGCAGCAUCAUUGGCGGUGUUGUUGGAGGAGCUGCUGGUCUGGCUUUGAUUGUGGCUGGUAUCGUGUUACUCAGACGACGCAAUCGCAAAAGCGCAUUUGCUAGAGAUCAACACAACAGUCAAAUGUAUGAUGAUGAAUUUUAUGCAGAUCCUUACCGACAAAACGAAUGGGGUUCAGCAGCAGAACAACAGCAGCGCAUGAAUCCUGCCAAUACAACCGCAAACAUUCUUGAUGAUGAUGACGAAGACUUUUAUCGUUCAAGAUCAAGUAAAAGAAGAUCUUGGUGGUCUUCUGUCUCUUCUGUUUUUAGAAGAUAAUUUCAUUUUGUGUAUCAUAGUGUGUAAUAAAAUUAUUAGUCUUUUCAUUGGCUCUGCUUUA